AUAACGCUGAGAACGCUAACCACGCAUGCGUCAUUAAAGAAAUAAUUGAAUCUGAAAUAUUAUAGGCUUGAAAGUUAUUAUGAAUUAUUAAAAAGUAAACAAAACAAACUAGGCCUAUUCUUACAGUUAGUAUAGUCGGUACUUUAUAGGGUCGUAGAACACGCUUGUUAGGCUUAAACUUACAUUGGUACUUUAUAGGGUCGUAGAACAUGCUUGUUAGGCUUAAACUUACAUUGGUACUUUAUAGGGUCGUAGAACACGCUUGUUAGGCUUAAACUUACAUUGGUACUUUAUAGGGUCGAAGAACAUGCUUGUUAGGCGUAAACUUACUGGGCAAAGUCAGCGGCAAAAACAUUGAACUGCAAAGUUUUGUGAUUUAUUUUUAGUUUUUACACUAGUGGUUAACGUUCCUGUUUUUGUUCUCAGACGUUUGCAAGUAAGAUGUUUGGAGUUAUGGCUUGGAUCAUGCCGAUUUUUGUAGGAUUAUCAGUGUUUGGUGGCGUCAAUGGCCUUCUCUUUACUUCAAAAAGACUCUUUUACGUUGGCGCUCAAGAGGGCCAUCUACCGAUAUUAUUUGGAAUGAUUCACUACAAGAGGUGUACACCAACGCCAUCACUUAUAUUUACGUGUGCGCUUUCUCUGGUGAUGUUGACAACUAGCGACAUUUACACUUUAAUUAACUACUUCAGCUUUAUCCAAUGGCUGUGGGUAGGCGUGGCCAUCUUGGGAAUGAUGUAUCUCCGUUGGAAAAAGCCCGAUAUGUCUCGACCAAUCAAAGUUUCCCUAGCGUUUCCAGUUUCGUUUUUCCUGUGUUGCGUAUUUCUCACCGUAAUACCCAUAUAUGCUCAGCCGGUGGAGACCGGGAUAGGCCUAUUGAUCGUUCUGUCAGGUGUUCCAGUUUACCUUGCUCUAAUUAAGAACAAGAAGAUAUCUCCUGCUGUCUCUUCCAUAUCAGCGAAGAUAACAACGGAAUUGCAGAAAAUUUUAGAGGUUAUGACUCCGGAAAAAGAAGAAUAAUUUCUGACUAAUUGAAUCUCGGCGUUAGGGAUUAUGACCCCGUUCCAAAAGAAGUAGAAGACCCAUUUCUGGGUAACUGAAUAUCAACAACAAAAGUUAUUGAUUUCUUUCAAGUUCGUGUUCUUGGGUGUUAUUCUCAAUUGGCCCACCUUGUAGAUUACCAAAUAAAAUAAAAAAACUCUAAAGGUAGAAUAUUCCACCAGGUGGCACUUUGCAUAUUGCAUGGGAUAUGCAUUAUCAUGAAUAUUGUUUACUUAAUGUAUGUCCAGUUAUAUAAAUUAAUAAUUUUGGCGAAAAAUGGUUUGAUGUAUAAUUUUUUUUUAUCUUAACCCUUGACAAUUAGCACCUGUACAGCUGUGUUGUUUCGUAUUAACAUAAGAGUAUAAAUAAAAAAUUAGAAAAGAAAUUACAACAACCGUGAGGAACUGCAAGGGUUACGAAACUUUUGGAGAAGUUGAUAUUUUCGUAGUGUUAAAUAUUAAGGGACAUCAUUGUCGUACCAUUCUACGAAAAGAAAGAAAUCCGUAAUCCAGCAAUAAUUCUUCAAUCAUUAAUUUUUUUCUUAUUAAAUAUAUAUAUAUAUAUAUAUUGGAUACACAAGAUACCCGCAUUCUUUUUUUAAGCCGUUUCAUGAUGUAAGAUUUUUAACGCUUUUAUUCUAUAGAUGGAGCUGUUUCACUUGCAUAUUUUAUGUUAGUCCAUUUUUGCUGGAGAAAGAUUGUUUUCCUUAUAAAGCAAAGCCAAACAAAACAUUUCCAUGCAUAUUUAUUUAGAACUGAUUUGGGAAAGUUUAUUUUUUUUAUAUUCAAACCAUAUUGCUUUUUUUAACUUUGUUCCAAAUUUAUUCGCACGCCAAAUAUACGUUCUUUUUCGCUUUAUGUGAUUGGUUGGUUGGUGAUUACAUAUUAUUUAAUUAUUAUAAACGUACAACAUAACACUAUUAGUCUCUUUUUUUGUUGUUAUACACUCGUUAUUUGUUGUUUUUUUUUGUGAUUUUGAGUUCAUAAUUA